UAUUCGGUAAAAAGCGACGUUGGCAUUUUUAUACUUUUGAAACAGCUAAUACUCAAUGCCAUAGUGCUGGAGCAAUUUCUCGGUUUCAAACCUCUUAGUUUAGUAGGAAUUUGCAAUUCGUCACCUUACCUAGUUCAUCAUUUUAGGUCCUUCUACCUUACACCACUUUAUUACUCUACCAAAAAAUCCUACAAAGAAUAAAAGAAGUCAGCAUUGAAAUGGUCUCAAACGGCUCAAACGAAGCGUUCAUACGAAAAAAUAAGGUGGUUACAGUCGACGAGGAUGAAAACACGAACUUACAUUACGCUGCGGCUUUGGAUAAUUUAGACAAAAUCGAGAAAAUAGUGGCGAAAAAACAGAAUAUUGAUCCAGAAAAUGCUCUUGGAUGGACACCAUUGAUGAUGGCGGUCAGAAAUUCAAAUUUGAAGGCCGUGGGUUUGCUUUUGAGUCACGGAGCAGAUCCGAGGAAACAAAAUAAGUUUGGCAUGAAUGUAUUUUUAAUGAGCGUGGCAAGUGGCCACCUUGACAUGGUCGAGCGUCUUUUAAAACACCUGUUAUGGGAGGGAACAUCAAGACAAAAAUUGCAAAAAACUCUCUCGCCUCUAUCUUUGGCUCUUUUGUUCGGACACGACCACAUCUUCAAGUAUUUGCUGGAGCGCCGUUUUGACCCGAACGCAGCAACACCUCUGACAUUAAUCACCCCUGCGAUGUUUGCCGCCGCUUUAGCCAACAACAAGGCAACUAAAAAGCUAUUGCGAUUUAAGGCUGACCUAACAUUGAAAAACUAUGGGGGGAAAACGGCCUCAGAUAUUGCUCAAGCAAAACAAAAAUUUUGUAUUGCUCCAAAGAAACAAGAACAACAACCGUUAAUUGCAAUGAGUCCUCAUACUGCAAAUUCUCCAGUUUUUUCCAAUUUUGAGAAUUUUGCAGGUAGGGGAAGACUUCUGAGGAAUUCUUCAAAUAUUACUCCAAAUCCUAGUAUUCCUAUGCUGUGUGCUAAUGUUGCUCCAAUUGCUCCAGUGGUGCCUCACAUGAUGCCACAGAUGAUUUUUCCACCGAAAUUUUUACCCAACAAUUUUACAAGUCCGAUGGGAGUUUUUCAUUCGAAUUUCGGCUUUUUAAACGUUGCUAUGAUCCCGCCAGUUACGUAUUUCUCGCCUUAUCUUUUAUCACAAAUGUCUUCGUAAUAUGUUUAAGUUUUAUGUAAUACAGGGUGACCCAGGGGUGCGUGUAUGCUCCAUAACUUUUUCUAUGUAAGCUAUUAAUUUGAAUUUUUGUUUAAAUGAAGUUUUUACAAUAUGGCACAUUCUGAAACUAUUUUAAUUUGUAUACAGAGGGUUCUAAAAUAAAAUACCCAACUCAGUUGGAAACCCAAAAUUUUUGGAUAUAAUACACCCGGUUUUAUAGAGUUAUCUGUCAUACUUUUUGACUUAUGUCAAUUUGUUUGUGAAAAUAGCGUCGUACAAAGUCCUACAGAAAAAUUUAUAACUUUAGAACCAUUUAAGAUGAUUUAACCAAUUUUUUCCAAUCAAUUCCUUAAGCCUUAGCGCAUCUUUCUCAAUGAAAGCGAACUCGGAAUUGACAUUUCAUCGGCUACUGCGAUUUUCUGAAAAUGACAAACUACAAUAACUCGAUUUUUUUACUUGCAACACUCUAUAUUUUAUUGCAUCAAUGAAUGUCAUUUUUUAAGAGCUUUCUGUUGAUAUAAGGUUUGU